AACCAAUAAAAGAGUCAUGUCCUUGAUUGUUGUUAAUAUUAUUAUUGUGCUCAUUUUUUCAUUUAAUAGACAAUUAUUAAUUAUUUUUGGGCGAAUGGGCGUGUUUUGCAAUAAAAUGGCAGCAGAGAAGUCUAAAUUUGAGGGUUGGUUGGCUUAUCUACGUGAUGCUAAUGUCGUCCGUAGAACACAGGAGAAGUGUGGAGUGAGAGUCCUCUCUGAAGUGAAGACUGGGGAGGAAGAGGAGAGCAGGAACAUCCAAGUAAAACCGUCCACUACUUCAUUAGUGAACGGCGCCAUUGCCAAGCUUUCAGUCACACGGCCAGUGAGGAGGAAGAAGGCAAGGAGGAAGCAGCCAGGGAUAAUGAUAGAGACCAUUUCUCCUGGAGAGAUUGCUAGCCCUCCUCCCAUUGAUUAUCCCGAUAUCAUUGUUGAGACGUACCCUCUGGUAGAUGCAUACUUCAAACUGGCCACAGAGCUAGGCUAUGAACCAUUCUACAUCAUCUUCCUGGGGACGCUACAUUGGAAUAUCGACACUACCGUGUUCCGCCAUGCCGUGUUACUAUGGGCGCUGAGCAUGUACAUUGGGCAGGCUUUGAAGAACGUUUUCAAGUGGCCACGUCCAUCGGCUCCACCUGCUGUUAGACUGGAGAUGAAGUUGAAGUUGGAGUAUGAGUAUGGCUUCCCUUCGACUCAUGCCACUGUCUCAACGACCAUACCUUUGUACCUCCUUUACAUCAUUCAUUCAAGAUAUGAGUCUUUAUUCUUCACAAUGAUUUUCAUUUCUAUUCUCUGGUGUACAUCUGUCAGCUUCAGUAGAAUAUAUCUUGGGCUUCACUCGUAUCUGGAUAUGAUAGGUGGUGUCAUUGUAUCAUUAAUAAUGUUGCUCAUCUUACUGCCUCUCAUUGACCACAUGGAUCAUUUUAUAUUUAACUUCAAGUUCUUUCCAGUCGUUGCCCCACUCAUAAUCCUAUUGCUUCUCUACAUGUAUCCGGUUGAAGUUGCAUGGACGAGUGAUCGUGGAGACACAGCUGCUAUACUGGGAACAUUACUAGGCGCACUACUUGCUAUACACUUCAAUGGCCCAUUCCCUGAUGACCUACAACCUGGCCCAUUCCCUGUAGCACUGCCAACCUACCAGUCGCUAGGGUUUGGACUAUUGAGAUUCAUCGUCGGUGUCCUGCUGGUUUUCCCAACUCGAUUCAUAAUGAAACUCCUCUGCUUUCGUUUCCUGCCCGCCAUCAUGCCUUCGCACGGUGUGGUAGAGGUUGAUAAGAGACCUCUUGUUGUCUUACCAUAUAAGAUAAUCACAUACAUGUCUAUGGCUCUCAGUGCGAUAUACAUUGGUCCUAGAAUGUUUGAAAUAUGCGACAUCAGCAGGUACUAGUCAUUGACUGGUACUUGCUGUUGGACUUUUGGUUCACACGAAUCAUCAACUUUUUAUUCAUUGUCACUGAUAUUAUUAUUAUUAUUAUUAUUAAUUUAUUGAAUGGAUGCUAUUUUUUCCUCAUCA